ACGCAUUCAAAAUGCCUUGGAGUGCUAAUUCUGGUAAUGAAACUUCCAUUUCAUUUGAACCUUUCAAGAUAAGAGCCGUCGAAUCCAUCAAACUAAAUACCAAAGAAUACCGAAUGGAAGCCCUAAAAAAGGCUUACUACAAUCCAUUCUUGCUCAAAUCUGAAGAUGUGAUAAUUGAUUUAUUGACCGAUUCAGGCAUAUCUGCCAUGAGCACUAAUCAAUUGUCAGGAAUGAUUAAAGCGGAUGAAGUGUAUAUUGGGAGUGCUAGUUUUGAUAAAUUUCAUUCUGCGGUGACUCAUUUAACCGGUUAUCCAGAGGUUAUACCCGCCCAUCAAGGCAGAGCAGCCGAAAAAAUAUUGUUUCAAGCUCUAGACCUCAAGAAAUAUCAUAUUGUGAUCUCCAAUGGAUUUUUUGAUACAACUAAAUGUGCCCUAGAUAAUAUAGGAACAGCAGCUUUGGAAUAUCCUGAACCAAAAGCGGAAGAUCCCGUGGCUUCAAAAUUUAGGGGAAACAUGGAUUUGGAAAAGCUAAAGUUUUAUUUGCAAAGUCCAGAAGUAUAUAGAGUAGCCUUGGUUUUAGUAUGUGUCACAAAUUCUCAUUUGUCGGGACAACCCGUAUCGUUAAAAAAUUUGGGCAAAGUUGCUAACUUAUGCAGAAAUCAUAAUAUUCCGCUCUUUUUAGAUGCUUGCAGAUAUGCAGAAAAUGUGUAUUAUGUUAAGAAAAAUGAACCAGAAUAUAAGGAUAAAUCACUAUUGGAGAUAAGUAGAGAUAUGUUUGCACUCGCGGAUGGAUGUUUUGUAUCGAUGAAAAAAGAUGGUCUGUGCAAUACGGGAGGAUUCUUAGCCAUGAAGAACGUCGAAUUAGCCUUAAAGUGCAAAGAAAAUAUUAUUCUCAAUGAAGGGUUCCCCAAUUAUGGCGGGUUAACUGGAAGAGAUCUAGAAGCUAUGGCGGUUGGCAUAAUGGAAUCGAUAAAUGAAGAUUUUUUGAAUUAUCACAUAAAUUUAGUGGAGGAUUUUGGUUCAUUACUGGAAAAAAUGGAUAUUCCGGUUGUAUUGCCAACUGCGGGUUACGCAGUUUAUGUCAAUGCUAGCGAUACCCUUCCCGGGAUCAAAAGGAGUGAACAUCCUGCUUGGUGCCUAUAUUGCGCGCUGUAUAUCGAGGGCGGCAUUAGAGCAUGCGAGAUAGGUAGUGUAAUGCGCGCUCCGGAUGAACGGGAAGUGCACCCAGAAUUUGUUAGAUUUUCGAUUCCCAGAAGGGUCUACACUUUCGCACAUUUACAAUUCGUGGCCGAUACCUUGAAGUACAUUAUGGAGAACAGGGACAAAUAUUCUGGUUAUCAAGUAGUGCAGGAAAGCGAUAUUUUAAGACAUAUUUCCAUUAAACUUAAGCCGAUUCAAAUUCAAAAUAGUAGCACAAAAUCGAUUAAAGAAUCUAGUAAUUUGAUGGUCAAAGAAAUAGAUAGCAGAGGCAGCCAUACCAGUAUUUCAUCUAAAUUAAAUAGUAAAAGAUCAGAGCGGGAUAUAGAUCAACAUUUUAUUGAGAACAAGCAGAAGACUUCCUCGGUCAAGAUCAACACAAAAUAUUAAAAUUUACCUGAUUAUCGAUCUAUUGAAUUACAAAAUAAAAAUUUAUU